AUGUACAGUCAACUAAGUCGGAAAAUGCUGCACGGUUUGCUCUAUCUUUUUUUUACGUCAACAAUUCAAGCAGCAAUAUCGCCAUGUUCGGAUGAAUUCAGCGCAACAAAAUGCACCAAUGAGCAGAAUGAUAUAAUUUGUCAGGAAGCAUUUCCAAUCAACGAAGCUUUUCCAACAGUAAAUGCACGCUGUACGAAUUUCAAAUCGCAUAUCGUCAAAGAAUGCCGAAGACAGUGUCGUAGUUGUUGUCAACAUCCAGAUUUCACCUGUGCUGAUAAGAAAAAUUCUGCUCUGAAUUGUCGUAAGAUUGCAGAAAGCGGUCAUUGUAGUACAACAGAUGUUACAUUUAAAGCAAUUCUAGCAGUAGAAUGUGCUAGUAGUUGUGGCUUAUGCAGACAUGCUGGAUGCGUGGAUAAUAACUAUUUGUUAUGCUCCAUGCUUCAGAAGCUUUGUGAGCUAUCAGAUUAUCAUGAACUUAUGGUGAAAAAAUGCAAGCGUACGUGUAAUUUAUGUACUGUUGAUACUCAGUAUCCUGGUUGGGUUUAUAACGAAGAAACAAAUGCUUAUUAUAAAUUUAUUAAUGCGAUUUCUCAAAGCGAAAAUAUCAGUGCAGUGAAGUAUGAACGAAUGUGUGCCGAGGAGAACGCACAUUUGGUUUCAAUACACUCUGAGACAGAAAAUGCAUUUGUAUAUGGAUUAGCUAAUUGUGAAAGGGUUUUUAUUGGUUUGCGUGGACAAACAAGCGAUCGAUUUGAAUGGUUGGAUGGAAGUAAGGUGGAUUUCAAAAAUUUUUUUCCUGGAUUCCCACUUGGUAUCAAUUAUUGUACUUAUAUGGGUGAGGAUAGUAUGUUCUGGUAUACAGAUUCCUGCUUCACGAAAGGUUGUGGUAUAUGUAAGAAGGUUGGUUAA